AUGCUGCCAGAGGCCGCCGCCAGCCGCCACUGCCUGGUGGCGCCCGACCGCCGCCCCGCGCUCACGCGUGCGAUGCGGGGCUCGCCCUGGCCCGCGCCGCUGCUGUGCGCGGCGCUGCGGGCGCGGGGCGCGGCGGCGGUGCGGCUCGCGUGCGGGGCGCUGCAGGCGUGGUGCGUCGAAAUAGGGGCGGCGCCCGCGGGGCUAGAGGAGGACCCUGAGGCUCUCGAAAUUGCAGCCGCGGCCCUUAUGGCCGGGGACACCCACGCCGCGGCGGCCGACUGCCUAGUUGCUCUUUUGGAUUCGUGCCGGGAGCGCGGCGGCGGCGGGAAGGAUGGCGGCGGGGCGGAGGGCGGCGGGGCCCCGCAGCAGCAGCAGCAGCAGCAGCAGCAGCAGCAGCAGCAGCAGCAGCAGCUUCUUCUUGAGCGGUUGCUCCACGCCCUCGAGACGCAGCUGAUGCCCGUGGUCGACGCCGCAGGCCCCGACGGCUCCGUUGCCGCCGCGGCCGCCGCGGCCGGCGCCGUCGGCCUGACCGCCGCCUGCGAGGCCUCCUUUUGCUCAGUCCUCUCCUCCGCCGCCGCCGCGCUGCUCGCGCCCGCGCUCGUUGCCGGCGGCGCCGCGCUCUCGCUGCUGCGGCGGCUGCAGGCGCGGCUGCUGGGGGCGCUGGCGCAGCCCGACGGCGGCGCGGUGCUCGGGGCGCUGCUGUUCUGGCAGGACGCGUACCUGCCCGCGCUGCAAGCCAUGCCGCGCGGCGAGGCCGCGCGCGUCGCGGCGGGCCCGCAGCGCGGCGUGCUGGAGGCGCUCGUGGGGGCGCUGGUGGCGCGGACGCGGCUGGCGCCGGGCGCGGCGGCGGCGGCAACUGCGGAUGCGAGGGACCUGCCAGAGGACCUUAGAGCGCUGCGCCGGGAACUGGCGUCUGCUCUGCGUGACGUCACCGCGCUGCUGGGGCUGCCAGCCAUGCUGCAGUACAUGCUGCAGCUUCUCCGCAGCUGCUUCGAGCGGCUAGGGGCCGGCAAUGGCGCCAGCAACGGCGCCAUCGGUGGCAGCGCGGGGGAGGCGCCGUGGGUGGCGCUGGAGAGCGUGCUGUAUGCGGCGAACGUGGUGCUCGGGCGCCGCGCGCCCGAGGCCGACCCCGCCGGCGUGCUGCAGCUGCUGCAGGUUGCCGCCGCGUCCGUCAAGCACCCUGCAAGCAGUCCCAAGCUCGCAGGCACAGCCCUCACCCUCAUCGGCGGCUUGGCGCCUUGGAUUGCCGCCCGCCCCGGCGGCGGCGCGCUCGAGGCCGCGCUCGCCGCGGCGCUCGCCGCGGCGCGGGCGGCCGACGAGAAGCUCUCGCGCAACGGCGCGACGGCCGCGCACCGUCUGUGCCAGUGCGAAGAGCUGGCGGCGGCGGUCGCGGGCUGCGAGGCCGGGCUGCAGUGGGUGGCCGGACUGCUGGUGCUGUACCGCGAGCGCGGCGGCCUGCGGCGGCGCGCAGCUGCGGGGACAGCCGUCCUCAGCAACAUCCAGCCAGCCAGCCUGCACGGGCCCUCACAGAUUGCGGUGUAA